AUGACUGGGCAGCUUGAGGAGGAGAAGAUGCAAGUCUACGUACGGCUUGGGAUACGUCUGCUUUACAAGGGUGCGAAGAGUCAGAUGGAGGGUGGUAGAGCUCGUGGGCUCCUGGGGUCUCUAUCUAUCAAACAAGGAUUGACGUAUGACGCCCCUCAAUCAGCGGCCGAUAUCCCAGGUUUUAUCGUGUUCCAUAACCUCAAAGUCGACAAAAUCUCAAACCUGUUAGACUCGUUUAGCCCUGUCGCACGCACCCCAAAGGCAGCACGGUUAUAUGCGUCCAGCUUCAAGGUGUCACAGUUAACGGCGUCCAAUUGCAGCACAUUCAUGCGCAGACCUGCCUCUGUCUCCAUCGUGCUCGGAGAACCGGCGAGGAUAACACUUCCUACCCCACGAUGGCCCCAAAGCUCAGACGCCCGAGGUGUCCAUGUAAGCCAUUAA